AGCACCCAAAACGCCAACACCAACCCAUCUACCUCUUCCCCUUCCCUCGCUUCCGCCACCAACCCCUUCUAGAACCUUCUAGAACCCGCCCCAGAACCCUACCCUGUCCUACCCCCAUCCCAUGGCGUCCUCCCUCCUCUCCCGGGCCGCCGCCGCCUGCCUCCGCGGCGCCGGCUCGCGCCACAUACUGUCGCCGUCCUCCUCCUCCUGCUCCCUCCUCCUCAAGGAAACCCUCCUUCCUCUACUCAUCAUCAUCUCCACCACCGCCUCCCUCCUCGCGGGUGGGAGGGUCGGAUGGGCGCGCGCCGCCGAGUUCGGGUGCGGGGCGUCGGUUCCGGCGGCGCUGGGGGGAGUCGGGUCGUUCGGGAUCGCGGCGCGCUGCAACGCGACCUCGUCGUCGGCCGUGUCGGAGGCCGCCAGCGCGCUGCCGAGGACGGAGCCCGUGGUGUCGGCCGAGUGGCUGCACGCCAACCUCAGGGACCCAGAUGUGAAGGUACUUGAUGCCUCUUGGUAUAUGCCUGCUGAACAACGGAAUCCUCUUCAGGAGUACCAGGUGGCUCAUAUUCCUGGUGCUCUAUUCUUUGAUGUUGAUGGAAUAUCUGACAGAACAUCCAGCUUGCCGCACAUGCUGCCUUCUGAAAAGGCAUUUUCUGCUGCUGUAUCUUCGCUUGGAAUCUACAACAAAGAUGGGAUAGUAGUUUAUGAUGGAAAGGGACUAUUUAGUGCUGCUCGUGUUUGGUGGAUGUUUCGUGUUUUUGGACAUGAUAAAGUUUGGGUGUUGGAUGGUGGUUUGCCCCAAUGGCGUGCUUCUGGGUAUGAUGUUGAAUCAAGUGCCUCUAGUGAUGCCAUAUUAAAAGCCAGUGCUGCUCGUGAAGCAAUUGAGAAAGUUUAUCAGGGGCAGUUGGUUGGUCCCUCCACAUUCGGAGCAAAGUUGCAACCUCAUCUUAUUUGGAAUCUUGAUCAGGUUAAAGAGAACAUUGAUGCCAAGACACAUCAGCUUAUAGACGCUCGAGGAAAGCCUAGAUUUGAUGGUGCAGUUCCAGAGCCACGCAAAGGAAUAAGAAGUGGACAUGUGCCUGGGAGCAAAUGUGUUCCUUUCCCUCAGUUGCUUGACAGUUCACAAAAGCUGCUACCUCCAGAAGAGCUCCGUAAACGGUUUGAACAAGAAGGUAUAUCACUUGAUCAACCCCUCGUGACCUCAUGCGGUACUGGUGUGACAGCGUGUAUAUUAGCUCUGGGCCUCCACCGCCUCGGCAAAACCGAUGUUCCUGUAUAUGAUGCAUCAUGGACUGAAUGGGGAGCCCAUCCUGACACUCCAGUUGCCACUGCUGCUUAGUACCAGCUAGUCUUCUAUGGAAGGAAGAAAGCGAAGGAAAUUGAAGAGGUCAGCUAUACAUGUGAAUUAUUAUGAGCUGUUAAUCUACCUUUCUGAAGUCCCUUUUAUAUGGUGGGACAUUAAUAAAUGAGAACAAUAUGCUGAAAGUGUCUCUUUAUGCCGUUGUGUUGUGGUGUUCUGUAACUCAUGUUCAUCACCAGUCAAAAAUGAACAGCCGACUGCAGUAAAAAAAAACGUAGCAUAAUUCUCCACUGAAAUUUAUCGAUAUAAA